AUGUCGCGGCAGCCGAACGGAAACACAAUAGAGCAGUCUCGAGUUCAUGUUUUGUUUCGAGCAACAGUAUCGUGGUUGAUGGUAACAGACGGAAGUGUUGCUUUCACGGAGGAACAAAGGGUUGAGUGUAUGGUGCACCACAUGUGGGUUUUGUGGAGGGGGAAAGAAAAUCGAAGGAGGAGAGGGUGGAAGAGUAAAGAAGAGAAAAUGUGCGAUGAGGGUGAGGAGACGGAAAACGGGAGGAAGACGAUGAUGGUGAGGAAGAAGAGGAAAGGUGUGAUGGCUAGGUCUUUUGGGAAAGACGAAGAUAAGAGUUUUGAAGAGCAGAGAGGUGACGGGAGGUGA